GCAGGUGGAAAUUAUUGCCUUCAACAUCGCCGCCCCCCUCAAGACCGUUCAAGAUGAGGAAUUGCCCGCGAAAUAUCGCCAAAAAUUGAAGACUUAUGAGUUAUUCUAUGCUCAGUACGAAGCCCCCCGUCAUGGUUCGCUUGGUUUCCUCCCCCGCAAGCGUGCUGCCCGCCACCGUGGAAAGGUUAAGGCUUUCCCCAAGGAUGACCCCAAGAAGCCCGUCCACUUGACUGCUGUCAUGGGCUACAAGGCCGGUAUGACCCACGUCGUUCGUGAUCUCGACCGUCCAGGAUCCAAGAUGCACAAGCGUGAGGUUGUUGAGGCCGUUUCCAUUAUUGAGACACCACCUAUGAUCGUUGUUGGCGUUGUUGGCUACGUCGAGACUCCUCGUGGUCUCCGCACCCUCACUACCGUCUGGGCUUCACAUCUUUCUGAUGAGCUCAAGCGUCGCUUCUACAAGAACUGGUACCGCUCCAAGAAGAAGGCGUUCACUCGCUAUGCCAAGAAGCACGCUGAGGAUGGUGGCAAGUCCAUUGCGCGUGAACUCGAGCGUAUUCGCAAAUACUGCACUGUCGUCCGUGUCCUUGCGCACACUCAAAUCCGCAAGACUGGUCUCAGCCAGAAGAAGGCUCACCUCAUGGAGAUCCAAGUUAACGGAGGCUCCAUCGCUGACAAGGUCGAGUUUGCACAGGGUCUGUUCGAGAAGCCAGUAGAGGUUUCCUCUGUCUUCGAGCAGGAUGAGGUUAUCGAUGUUAUUGCGGUCACCAAGGGUCACGGUUUCGAGGGUGUCACCCACCGAUGGGGUACCAAGAAGCUUCCUCGCAAGACUCACAAGGGUCUUCGCAAGGUCGCCUGUAUCGGUGCAUGGCAUCCUUCCAAGGUCAUGUUCUCGGUUGCACGUGCUGGUCAAAACGGUUACCACCACCGUACCGAGCUCAACAAGAAAAUCUACCGCAUUGGCUCUGGCUCCGAUGAGGGUAAUGCUUCGACUGAGCACGAUAUCACCAAGAAGGUUAUCACGCCAAUGGGUGGAUUCCCUCACUACGGUAUCGUCAAGAACGAUUACCUCAUGUUGAAGGGCUCCAUUCCUGGUACCAAGAAGCGUGUUAUCACUCUCCGCAAGUCACUCAUGGUACACACUUCUCGUCGGGAUCUCGAGAAGGUUCAGCUCAAGUUCAUCGAUACCUCCUCGAAGUUCGGUCACGGAGCCUUCCAGACCUUCGAAGAAAAAGCCGCGUUCAUGGGAACGCUCAAGGCCCGAGCAUGAUUGUACUUCGUUAUUUUUGCUACUCGUUAUCGCUUUCCUACGACACCAGGUUUUAUGUCACUUAUGCCCAUGCUUCUAUCGCAUUCGUGGAUCGAUGUAACUGGCGUGACACAUGAGGCUUUGAAAUAUCGUGAACACCCAUUAAGCAUGUCUCGUUGAAGCCAUUUCGGCGGCUGUUAAACUUGACCACGGACCAAAGUUCCUUGACGAAACCCUUAGAUGUGUAAGAGAUGGGAAGGACAUAUGCUUUGGCAGGCCAGAAAAAUGCUAAAUGAAGCGGGUACUAAUCACGGAUGGACGAAAAUCAGACAUAGCGUGUUUGGCACGUCGGGGCGUUGGAAUGCGGGCGUGUUCGACUGGAGAGAGGGGAUUUCUAUAUACGAGCGCUUGACAAAUACUGUCCAAUCAGCAACCACCAAAAAGUUAUGAGCGCCCGAGAGCGAGAGUAUCAUUUUGUGUUCUCCAGUU